CCCUUCAAAAUGAUUAAAAAAAAACCUCAUCUCAUCUUCUUCGUCGAAGUUCUUUUUUUUGCUUGGCUAUCUUCUUCUUCGUCGAAGUCUUUCGUCUCUUUCUGUAAUGCUAAUGGCUACCAAUCUCUCCUUUUCUCCUCAAUCCCUAAUUCCACUUCAAAAGCCUUCGCUCUUGCAACGCGUUCAACUCGGUCACUUCCUUCACCUCAACUCAGUGAGUCAGAUUUCAACUGCUCGUCUUCAUUCCGGCUCUCAAUCGCGGGUUUUGGUUCGAGCUGCUUUGGAUAGCGAUUACUCGUCGAAGAGGAGCAGUAGCAAUGAGCAGAGGGAGACGAUUAUGUUGCCCGGUUGUGAUUAUAAUCAUUGGCUUAUUGUCAUGGAGUUCCCCAAAGAUCCUGCUCCAACCAGGGAACAGAUGAUUGAUACCUACCUCAACACUCUUGCUACUGUAUUGGGAAGCAUGGAAGAAGCCAAGAAAAACAUGUAUGCUUUCAGCACCACCACCUACACUGGAUUCCAAUGCACAGUGUCCGAAGAAACAUCCGAGAAAUUCAAGGGAUUACCCGGAGUUCUUUGGGUGUUGCCAGAUUCUUAUAUAGAUGUCAAGAACAAAGAUUAUGGAGGUGACAAGUAUAUAAAUGGAGAGAUAAUUCCAUCCAAAUAUCCAGUUUAUGAACCAAAGAAACGAAGGGAAACAAAAUAUGAAAGUAGGAGGUAUGAAAGAAAAAGGGAUGGCCCUCCUCCCGAACAACGAAAGCCGAGACCACAACCAACUAGAACAGAAUCAAAUUCAGGAUAAGGUAGGUCAAUGAUUUUCCUUCUAUUAUUUGCAGUGCUUGCAUUGGAAAAUAGAAUGUUUUUGUUCAUUUCCCUUUGCAAUCCAUUAGUUUAUGACUUUAGAUUGUGCUUUGAACUAGAACUACUUAGAAAGAUAGAUGCAGAAUGAAGGGGUACUCCAUUUUGAAAUUUUGUACAUGAUGUGCUGUAGUUCAUGUUCUUCCUGAAAAAGAAAACGUGUACUGUGAUGUGACCUAGUAGCACAUAUAAUUGGAGAACAUAUGGCUUAGAACAGUUGUUUCUUAAA